CACGCUGUGCUGAGGAGUGAUAUACUUUAACAGUGUUUAUUACAGCUGGUCAGGAUGAGUGAAAACACUGAGGACUCACGGAGGAAAACCGGGGUUGUUUUAGGAUUUUUGGAGGAGGCAGAACCCUGGCAGCUUUUAAGUGCUCAGUUCCCUAGUAAAGUCGGCGGUAAACCUGCUUGGUUGAGCCAACAGGACUUACCGAGCACAUCUGAGUUAGUGUGUGAGAAAUGUCAGCUUCCGGCGCUCUUUCUCUUACAGGUUUAUGCUCCGAUUGUCGGAUUUGAUCAGAGUUUUCACAGGACUGUUUACAUCUUCUGCUGUAAGACACCAGCAUGCUACACUUUAAAUGACAGCCGCUGUUUUAAAGUGUUCAGAAGCCAAUUGCGCAGGAAAAAUGACUUUUACUCUUAUAACCCUCCCCCUGAUGAGGAGACGACUAAUAGUGGAGACAAUCAACAUGUGCUGAGUUCUGGAGUAAAACUGUGCCAUCUGUGUGGCUGUGCCGGGCAAGAGGGGUGUUCCCGCUGCCAUGCAGUAACCUACUGCAGCAAAGAGCAUCAGGUUAUAGACUGGAAACAAAGGCACAAGAAAGAGUGCCUUACUAAAACUUCUUCUGAGGACCAGAAUUUGUUUCUGUUUCCUGAGUGGGAGCUAGUCACAGAGCCUGAGGAACUCCCUGUAACAGAUGAUAAGCCACCAGACACAGACUCUUUGGAACAAGCAGAUAUGACACCUUCUGACUUGGAGGAGAAUGAGUUAGAAGCCAUGGCCCUUCAUGAAUCCCCGGACACUAAAGUGUUUCAGAAAUUUAAGGAGUGCAUAGCUAUAGAACCACAUCAGGUCCUGCGAUACUGCAGGGAAGGCUGUCCACUUUGGGUGUCAUCUAAACAUGUGCCCAGUAAAGCAGAAAUUCCAAAAUGCCCAUGUGGUGCUGACAGAAUCUUCGAAUUUCAGAUCAUGCCUCAGCUGCUUAAUAGCCUUAAGGUGGACAGACCAGAUGCCAGCAUAGACUGGGGGACACUGGUCAUCUACACAUGUGCUGCCAGCUGUGACCAAGGCAACAAAUAUUCACCAGAGUUUAUCUGGAAACAAGAUUUUUCUGAGGACCGUGCACUUUAACCAUAACAAGAUCAUCUGUUUACACUCACAUUUACACUCGUUUUUUGGUUAAUAAUGGUGGUGUCAUUUAGUGAUGUGCUAUAAACCAAAAUGAGAACAAAGAGUCAAA